AGGCGCAUAAAAUUAGGAUAGCAGUGUUUGAAACCGCCAUUUUCGGUGCGAUUCUCAUUGCCAGAUGCUGAUCUCUUUGCGAUUCUCAAUUUCACCCAUUACUUCGCUUCGUCUCUUAUGUUCUUCCGGACCCAAGAAAUCCAAGAAAGAAAGAAGGAAACUUCUUCAGGAAAAACUGAUUCGCAUAAGCAAAGCCAAAGAGGCCACUCGUCUCCCUUUCCCUAAAUCCUCAUCAACCCCACUCUUAAUCCACCACAAACCCUUCUCCCAAUCCAAGAUUCAAGCCCUUGAUGCUGUUCUCAAUGACCUUGAAGCUUCCCUCCACAAUGGCGUCCCAAUCGAUGCUGAAAUUUUCUCUUCCCUUUUGGAAACUUGUUACCAAUUGCGAGCCCUUGAUCAUGGUAUUCGGAUUCAUCGCCUAAUACCCACCAAUUUUUUACGAAGAAAUGUGGGUGUUUCUUCUAAGCUUCUUCGUCUGUAUGCUUCUUUUGGGUACAUGGAGGAUGCACACCAGGUGUUCGAUGAAAUGUGUCAACGAAAUCUCUCUGCAUUUUCUUGGAAUUCUCUUAUUUCUGGCUAUGCUGAACUUGGUCUUUAUGAAGAUGCUCUGGCUCUCUACUUCCAAAUGGAGGAAGAGGGUGUUGAGCCUGACCAUUUCACUUUUCCUCGUGUACUCAAGGCCUGUGGCGGCAUUGGGUCGAUUCGAGUCGGCGAGGCAGUGCACCGGCAUAUCGUUCGUUCGGGAUUUGCUGGCGACAUCUUUGUCCUCAAUGCUCUAGUUGACAUGUAUGCCAAAUGUGGUGACAUUAUGAGGGCUAGGAAAGUUUUUGAUCAGAUUGUUUCCAAGGAUACAGUUUCCUGGAACUCAAUGCUCACUGGCUACACACGCCAUGGGCUGCUAUUGGAGGCAUUGAACACCUUUGAUCAAAUGAUUCAAGAAGGUUACGAGCCAGAUUCGGUUGCUUUAUCCACCAUGAUCUCUAACAUCUCGUCGUCGAAAUUCAAGUUACACAUCCACGGAUGGGCAAUUCGACACGGAAUCGAAUGGAAUUUGUCGAUUGCCAACUCUUUGAUUGCCAUGUAUGCCAACUCUGGUAAGAUCAACAGAGCAAGAUGGCUGUUCGAGCAGAUGCCUGAACGAGAUAUAGUGUCAUGGAACACCAUAAUCUCUGCUCAUUCCAACACCUCAAAAGCAUUGACAUAUUUUGAGGUGAUGGAGAGCCUUGGUGUUUUGCCAGACAGUGUAACAUUUGUGUCAUUACUGUCAACUUGUGCUCAUCUGAGCUUAGUGAAGGAAGGGGGAAAGUUAUAUACUGAGAUGAAAGGGAAAUAUGGAAUAAGACCAACCAUAGAACAUUAUGCUUGUAUGGUGAAUCUUUAUGGGAGGGCAGGGCUGAUUGAAGAAGCUUAUAGAAUCAUAACGAACGGGAUGGAGGUCGAGGCAGGCCCGACCGUAUGGGGUGCACUGUUGUAUGCGUGCUAUCUUCAUGGCAAUGUCGAUAUCGCCGAGGUUGCUGCUGAAAAGCUUUUUGAAUCGGAGCCCGAUAAUGAGCUCAAUUUCAAGCUUCUGAUGAAGAUUUAUGGCAAUGCUGGGAGAAUUGAAGACGAGAAGAGGGUGAGAUUAAUGAUGGCGGAACGAGGAUUAGAUUUGUAAUGAAGAUUGAUAAUUAUAAAUAUUUUUAUUUAGUGUAUGAAUU